GAAAGUUUCAAAGAAAAAUGCAUGGAGGGGUUGGGGGAGAGGCGAAGUGCCUUCGGAGCUCCAGGAUUCAGGCCACCAAGUCUGUCGAGGUGUCCGACUCGGAUGAGACGAAGGACCAGGCUUCGAAAUUAUGCGGCUAUCUGAACAAAUUUGUAACCAAGGGUCCGCUUAGGGGAUUCAAAACCCGCUGGUUCGUUUACGAUCCCAGAAAAUGUUAUUUGUAUUACUUCAAGUCUCCCCAGGACGCGCUGCCUUUGGGAUAUAUUGAAAUAGCCGAUGCCUGUUUCAACUAUGAUGUCGAGGGGGACGAGGGGCAGUUCGAGAUCCACGCUUCUGGAAAGGACUUUCUGCUUAAGGCGCCGAACAGGCAGGUGAUGCAGUAUUGGCUGCAGCAGCUGCAGCAGAAGCGGUGGGAGUUCUGUAGCAUGCGAGGAUCCGGCCUGCGCGACAGCUGGAGCUGCUCCAGCCAGCCACAGCCACACACCGGCCUCGUGGCCAGAGAUGCAGAUACUUACUUUCUGGAGAAGUCAAGUGAUAGCAUGGAGAGGCUCCGCAGCGACUUCGCCAUGGAGACCAACACGGACGGCCUGGUGGGCGUGCACUCUGCCCGAGGCCCCACCCCCAUCAACUUUUCCCUCCGACACUGGGGCACAGAAUUGAGGAACUCCAUGUCCCAACUGCGGCCAGGCAGGGGUGGAGAGGGCAGGCGAAGCGUGUUCUACACAGGCAGCAAUGAGGACUGGGAGAUGGUGGACCACCCGUCCAAGGACCUGCAGGAGCAGAUGGCAGUGAAUGAGAUCUCCAAAAAAUCUGAUACCCAUAGGAACUCCGUCGGCUCUGCGUUCACGUUCGAUUUCGGGCGCACCUCCUCCGCCUCCUCCUCCCUGCGGCCCCGGCUGCCCUUCCUGCGGGACAUGAUGAGCUCCGGGAGGCUGAGCCGGAGCGCCGAGACCUCCCCCGUGGAGUGCAACGGGAACAAGGCCUCGGAGACGCAGCUCAGGCUGCAGAGCCAGGAGGAGGCGCUGGAGAAGUUGCGGGAGGACCUGGCCAGCCAGAAGGAGCUGGUGAGACUCCUGCAGCAGACCCUCCGGAGUGCCCAGUGCGAGAGGAGGCCGGCGGGGGGCCCCGAGGGGCCACACGGCGCGCCCCCGCUGCUGAAGGAGAGAGACGGGCAGAUCCAGGCGCUGUGCGGGCACAUGGAGAAGCUGGCCCUGGAGAAGGACAACCUGCAGCAGGAGCUGAAGACGCUGAAGAUCAAGGUGGGGGAGAUGAACGAGCAGCUGAGCAUGCUGAUGGAGACCAUCCAGGCCAAGGACGAGGUCAUCAUCAAGCUGUCGAAGGAGCAGGACGGGGCGGAGGGUGGGGGAGCGGGUGGAGAUGAGGCCAGCCCCACCGAAUGCAGCUCGCUGUCCUCCGAGUUUCAGGAGAUGGACAAAAUGAAGGACAGUCUUGAAGCCUAUAAGAACCAGAACAAGUUCCUGAAUAAAGAGAUCUUGGAACUGACUGUCCUGCGUCGGAAUGCGGAGGGGAGAGAGAAGGCCAUGGAGGCUAAGUACACCGCUCUGGAGGCCAAGCUGUGCCAGGUGGAGAGCAAGUACCUGGUGCUCCUGCAGGAGGUGAAGAGCCCCGUGUGCUCCUCGUCGGAGCAGAGUCCCGCGCGCGAGGUCAUCUCCCGGCUGCUGGAGGACGCCCUGCAGGUGGACCCCUGCAGCGACCAACCGGAGCAGCAGAUCCUCAAGCCCCACCCCGUCAGCGAGUACGACGUGUACGGCUUCAAGACGGUCCCGGAGGACGACGAGGAGGAGAGGCUGGUGGCGAAGGUCCGGGCGCUGGACCUGAAGUCGCUGUCGAUGACGGACCAGGAGGUGUCAGUGGGGGUGAAGUGGGAGAACUACCUGGCGGGGAUGGUUACCAGGGAGAUGGCGCGGACGCCGGAGCUGAAGGCCCUGGUCCGCAGCGGCGUGCCGCACGAGCACCGCUCCAAGGUGUGGCUCUGGUGCGUGGCCUUCCACGUCAAGAAGUUUCCGGAGAGCGCCAGGCCCGACUAUUACGAGGGCCUGCUGGCCGCGGCCCGGGAGAAGCAGAACCCGGCCGUCAAGCAGAUCGAGCUGGACCUGCUGCGCACGCUGCCCAACAAUAAGCACUACUGCUCCCCUGAGUCCCAGGGCAUCCACAAGCUGAGGAACGUGCUGGUGGCCUUCUCCUGGAGGAACCCUGAUAUCGGCUACUGCCAGGGCCUCAACAGGCUAGCAGCCAUUGCCCUCCUCUAUCUGGAAGAGGUGGAUGCCUUCUGGUGCCUGGUUGCCAUCGUAGAAGUCUUCAUGCCACGAGACUACUAUACCAAGACUCUGCUCGGGUCACAGGUCGACCAGCGCGUGUUUAAGGACCUGAUGAACGAGAAGCUCCCCCGCCUGCACGGCCAUUUCGAGGCCUACAAAGUGGACUUCUCCCUCAUCACCUUCAACUGGUUCCUGGUGGUUUUCGUGGACAGCGUGGUCAGCGACAUCCUCUUCAAGAUAUGGGAUGCCUUUCUGUACGAGGGGCCCAAGAUCAUGUUUCGCUUUGCCCUCGCUCUUUUCAAGCACAAAGAGGAGGAGUUUCUCAAGCUGCAGGACUCCAUGGCCAUUUUUAAGUACCUACGCUAUUUCACGCGCACAAUUCUGGAUGUGAGGAAGCUGAUGAACAUAGCCUUCGUGGACAUGAACCCCUUCCCGCUCCGGCAAAUCCAGAACCGCCGCACCUUCCACCUGGAGCGGGUCCGCCUGGAGCUGACGGAGCUGGAGGCCAUCCGGCAGACCUUCCUGAAGGAGCGGGAGACCGACCCCGACGGCCGGGCUCUCAUCAGCGACGACGAGGAGGAGGACAACUAGCUGAACAUCGGACGCCUCGCGCGCCCGCCGGGGGAGAGAGCGCCUUCCCGUCUGCGGGUCCCGGGCCGGGUUCCCAAGGUGAUUCGGCAUAUUCGGAUUCACUACUCUGAGCGAUCCUGAUACGACGGACGGGACGUAAGGUGCGUUGAUAGUGAUGUUCCAGCUGGAAAUGUCGGAAUUCUUUAAUGGCAGGAGUUUGUAAGGCAGAUUGUAAGGUCCUGAGGCCUGCUGCUUGCCUGUAUUUUUGACUGAUCCGCCAGAUCCAUUUUAUUUCUGCCUUUUUGUUUUACUUUUUCAAUGUGUUCAUAAUGGAGACUAUUAGGGUUAGAAUUUGGAGGGAUGAAAGUAAAAUCCCGUUGCCGUGCCGCGAGUAUAUUUUGCAGUUCAAAAUCAGUAUUUGUACUCACUGACGUUUUACAUAUUUUUAUUGUAAAGAAAAAAAAGAAAAAUUAUCAGAAAAUUAUCAUCUGAGCAUGCGGACUCAGACGCUGGUCGGUUGCAUAUACUAUACACAAGCUCAUUUAGAUUACUGCAACCUGUUUCCUAUACUUUAACUGCGCUGUCGCUACCAUGUUUGAGGAAAUGGUGGUCACCUCUUCCUUACACGGGACGUUGAAUACGUGCUCCCCUAAAUUGCUCAUUCAUUGCCCUGGCACUUGGGCAACUUUACAGCCGAGGUGCUGUGUUUUACAGUUUCUGCAGAGGUUAACGCUGGGGAAGGUUCGACUCGGGCAUGAUUGUUCCGGCGACGUGUUGUCGAUAAUUCCUGCAGAAGGCAGGACCAUUAGCUGUCCUACACCGCGGGUUAUUAAAGGGACUUUUCCACCUCCCCGUGUGCUUAAGUUUACCCCUCUGGUUGAAGGACAUUUCACAUGAGAGAAGGGAAGGUUUUUUUUUGUUUGUUUUUAAACACCUUGCACUUUUAUCCUGCUCUUUACAAUAGUCCUUUUGUUUACACAUUCUUCACACCUUGGUCAUGAUUAUCUACAUUCCUUUAUUGCUAUAUCUAGUGAAUGUUAUGAUACUGGACCCUUUUCUAAGUUCCGAUACUCAUCUAUCACUUUUUCACUUAAUUUUUCAGAAAUGUGUAGCUGCAAUGAAUUAUGCUGUAUUUCGUGAUUGUGGUAUUGCCAUUACAUUCCUGUAUUCAGCUCUGCUCCUUACUCAGAAUUAAACAGUCACUUGAAUGCUUAUCUUUUUUUUUCUUUCUUUUUUUAUAAUGCCAUGUUAUUAGGAUGAUGUUAACUAGUCCAAAUGUAAACAAUGAAGAAUAUUAAUCAAGGAAGUACUGUGAAGUUUACUUGGAGAGCUGGUCUCUCUGGACCAAGCAUUGUUAAGUGUGUUUCUUUUUUGGAGAUGCGCAUCAUUGUUUUCUUCCUGCCAUAUUCUAGGAGAUAUACAUUUUUUUUUCCAUACAAAUUGUAUUUCCCCUUAUAGAACUGAACAGUGACAAAAUAAUAGUCAGUGUCCCUUAUCUGUAACUUUUUAUAUUUUUGAAAUCUUUUUUGUUAGCUAAGCUAUAUGCUGUACUAUUUUCACAACAAUAUGUGGCCAACAAUGUACAGACUGAAUUAUGACUUAUGCUACAGUGUUUAGGGAUCCAGCAUGUUUUUCUUUUCUUACAGGUUUUUAGAUAUUGCUUUUAUUUUUUAAAGAAUCGCCUAGAAAUCUUCCACCACAUCGUAUUACAUUACACUCCGUAUGAAGUUCUGCACAUUAUCUGGCACACGAUAAAAAAAAAUACUUUCAAAAACAAAUGUAGCCUUUUCAAAAAUCUGUAUUUCACUCUUAAUGGAAUAAGCUGUAAUGGGGAAUUCCAGAUAUAUUUCCUCACCAAAUGUAUUGCACAUAACCCUGCAAAUGUUGUGCUCAAGAGAUUUAGCAUUGACAAGGCUGGGCACUUUGUUUCUGAGACUUUUCUAAUCUGUCCUGAUUGUUAUACAUGUUAUUCUGAAUGUUACUGUUCCUCUGUAGUGUUGCAUUGUAAUCGCUUUAUAUUCAUGUUUUGUAUGAGUAGUCAAUAAACCAUCCUAUAGCUGUCCACUA